ACCUCAUGCCAGUUUGUACCUUACAACCAAGGUUAACCAUUAACUUUGUCUUCUCAGUCACUCAGGGUACCGAAGAAGGCGGGCAGUGUUGUAUCCAAGGCAUGCUGCUGUUCAACCGUCACUUUUACCAUGGGCAGCUCUAACCGGUGUACAGGCGAGCUUCGGUCUUUAUCCGUAGAGGACGACAUUACUGUAGUGUUUCACAAAGUUGACAGCCAUGGGAGAAACAGCGGCGACGACCACGACAAGUGUGGCGAUGAUGAACGGACAACAGAGAAGGUUCGCUUGCAAAGUUUCUGUCGUGUGUCGUGCAGUUCCGAUGAUGAUGAUGGGGAGAAGGAGAAAGCGAGAGGAAGCAGAAAUUUACCGGAAGGCAGUGAGAAGAAAACGCUGUGUCUACCGGCGUUUUGUGUCAGAACCAAGCCCGAACCAGGAGGGGGUGGCGCACCUCAAGGCACAGAGAAACCAAAGAGUUGUCCAGGUCUUGGUCUGUUCUAUGCUUUCCUGUCCACAGUUGUGUUCUCCAUCAUUCACCUGUUGGUGAAAACCAUCCAGGAGAUCCACGCCAUAGAGAUCAGUGCCAUACGAUGCUUCUUCCAGAUGCUUUUUGUGCUGCCAUUACUCAUCUACCACAAGACAGGUUUCCUAGGUCCCAGAGAUAAACGUAUAUAUCUGGUGCUUCGGGGUUUAUUUGGUUCCAGUGGUAUGAUCCUGCUCUUCUAUGCCAUUCAGCAGAUGCCGCUAGCAGAUGCCACUGUCAUCAUGUUCAGUAAUCCAGUCUUUACCUCACUCCUGGCCUGGGUGUUCCUGAAGGAGAGAUGUACGAUCUGGGACUGUGUCUUCACCGUUUUCACCCUCACUGGAGUCAUCCUCAUUGCCCGACCACAGUUCCUCUUUGGCGACCAUCUCCGUGGCAUCGAGGGCAACUACACUAACCAUAUGAAGGGGACUAUCGCUGCCUUUGCAGGAGCGAUUGCUUCUUCUUGUACAUUUGUUGUCCUUCGCAAAGAGUCCAUCAUCGCUGUUUCCGUCCUUGGGGAAUGGAAAAUCCCGUCCUGCGGCCGUGAUCGCUGGAUGCUGAUGUUGAUAGCUGCCCUGGGUGUUGCCGGACAGAGCUUUCUCACAAAGGCCCUGCAGAACGAGAAGGCUGGAGCUGUGUCCCUGGUGAGGACUGGGGACGUGGUGCUGGCGUUCCUCUUUCAGUAUAUUUUCUUUAACCAUGCACCAACCUUGUGGAGCCUCGGAGGGGCUCUGUGCAUAGUGGUGAGCACCAGCGGAGUAGCACUUAGGAAAUGGCAUGGCAGCUCUUGCAAGAGCCGCAACAUAGAGAAAUAAAUAUUACUAUUUAUU